CAAUAACCCGGCUUUGAUUCAAAACCCUAGUCCCGGCCUUCCAACAUGGACGAAGCCGGAACCGAAGGGCAGAUCCCGGCGCCCGCUUCCAUUGUGCCGGAUUCUGAUUCUGUCCCGGUCCUCUCCAAGAGAGCUCGAAAGAAACAGGCGAAGCAGCAGCGGCUAGAGGCACGGAAGGCUGAACGAAAAAAGGCGGAGAAGGAUCGCCGCCGGCAGGGCGUAGAGCGGAGACGCCAGGAGUGGGAAGAGAAACUGGCGUCUGUCACCGAGGAGGAGCGAGAGAGGCUGAUCGGGGAGCGGCGGGAGACGCGGAGAGAGCGGGUGGAGCGGCGGGCGGAGGAUCGCGAAUUGCGAGCCGAGCGGCUGAAGCGGGCCGCAGAGUUGGGUAUCAAGGUAGUGCUUGACCUGGAGUUCGCUGACCUCAUGAAGCCUAAUGAGCUCCAUAGCCUCGUACAACAGAUUAUGUAUUGUUAUGCAGUAAACGGGAGGUGUGCAUCGCCAGCACAUCUCUGGUUGACCGGGUGCCAAGGAGAGAUAGACACUAGCUUGCAAAGGAUUCCAGGUUAUGACAAAUGGAUCAUCGAGAAGGAGAAUAGAUCUUAUAUUGAGGUCUUUCAAGAGCACAAGGAAAAUAUUGUGUAUCUAACAGCUGAUUCAGAAACUAUUUUAGAGGAGAUUGAUCCAAAAAAAAUCUAUAUCAUAGGGGGGUUAGUUGACCGAAAUCGCUGGAAAGGGAUAACUAUGAAUAAAGCAAAUGAUCAAGGAAUUAAUUCUGCAAAGUUGCCUAUUGGGAAUUACUUGAAGAUGUCGAGCUCCCAGGUACUUACAGUUAACCAAGUGUUUGAGAUACUACUCAAAUUCAUGGAAACAAGAGAUUGGAAAGAAGCAUUCUUUCAGGUAAUUCCUCAAAGAAAAAUGGGUGACUUGGAAGCUCAAGAUCAAACUGAUGUUGCAUACUAUGAUGAAACUUUAUCUACUUCGAUAGCACGAAGAAGUGAGAACGAAGGGGAAAAAGAUGUAGAACAAGCUGGUAGCAUAUCCAAAAAGCCACGCCUAGUUGACGUCCAAAGUGGUGGUGCAAUUACAGUCGAUGGAGGUGGCCCAAAAGAUUGAGUUCGAACAGACUGGGCGAUAGAACAUCAAAGAAAUUGCAAUGGUCGUGAGAAGGUUUCGAGAGGAUAAAUCUUGUCCAUGUGAUCGUUUCCAACUUUAGUUUGACUUCGUUUGCACUGUAUGAAUGCACAGUUUUUUCUGCGAGAAGAGGAAAGAAUUGAUAUCCGUCGUCCUCAAAA